AUGAGCGACGACACUUCCUCGACGAGGAAUGAUGAUAUGUACUUACAUGAACCAGACUGCAACAUUGUCCACCCUAUACCCAAUUCCAACGACCUUGACCUUAUAAUAAACAAAGUAAUCGACUCUUCAAAUACAAACAUUACACGUGAAUUUAUUGAGGAUACCAUCAAUCAACCGUUGCAUGCUCUUUUAAUUCCAUCUCAUAAAUGUAAAUCGCCUUUUGUUUACCAUCAACAUUCAAACGCACGUACUUUAUUUAAACAAGAUUACAUUAAUAUAAUACACAAGGAAAUUUCACAAUCCCAGCAUCAAAAGAUAUCCUCUUCCCCUAUUGAACAUAAUUCUCGUCCAAAUUCAAAUAAUUCGAUUAAGGGCAUGUAUUCAUUAACGACUACAUCCUCUUCUAAAACGGAUCAAGAAAUAAACAUGCUAGCAUCCCUAUGGAGUGGAUAUUCUGCGGAAGUUAGACAAGUCUAUGAAGUACUGGAGAAGUGCAGUGAGAAAGUUCACGAAUAUAUGUUCAAGGCAAAUCAGGUUAAAAAAGAAAAGGAAAGGUCCAUGAACGAACCGAAUUCACUUUGUUUAUCAAAAUUCGAUUAA